GUGGGCAGUGGGGGGCUAGGAAGUAGUGUGUGCUUGGACUUUUCUUCUUCUUCUCUGAGGGGAGAGGGUAGGGCAGCUGAGAGAGAGAGAAAGCGAGAGCGCUUCGGAACACACAGGAGGUGUCGCGCGUGCUUCCUCUAAGAGAUUUUCUCUUUGGAAGGGGGAGAAGCCUUUCUCCUCGACGCGCAUCCCUCUCUCCCGCGGCGCCGAGGGGGGCGGGAGGCGUGCGCGCACUCUAGUUGGCUGGCCACUCGGCACCUCGCUGCGAUAGGGGCGGUUCCGAGUUGGGGCUGCUCCGUUGGCUUUCUCCGCCCCUCCCCCUCUUCUGUUCUCCCCUCCCUUCCCCGCCCCCCUCCGCCCCUCUCUCCUACCCGUCCGAAUUCCCUGGCUGGAGUACGCGUGCGUCUACUCAGCUCCGGGCCGAGCGCGAGCUUGGGCUCGUACCCCGCUCCCCUCUCUCCGCCCGCUCUUUACCUACCGGCCGUAGCUGGCCCGGUGGGCUCGCGGGGAGACGCUCGCGCGCGCAAGCGCACACGACGCGGAGCGGAGCUCGAGACAUCGAGGAGAGGAGUAAGAAGCAUCGGAGGAGGCGAUCGAGGAGGAGGUGGUGUGUGUGUAUGUGUCUGUUCUACGGUGUGGCUCGUCGUGGGGCGAGAGGAGGCUCGAGAGAGGGCGAGGGAGAAGCGAAAAGAGUAAGAGAGUCUUCCUCUGCCAGAGCCUCUAAUCUGGUUGCUAUGGAAAUACAUGACCACGCAAAAGGAAGUCCAUUCUGAUAAUUCUGAUACCUGAGAUGUAACUGGACUGAAGAGUAGAAACAGGAAAAAUUUUAGUGCCAACUUUAAUUACAAUGGCCACUGAUUCAGGGGAUCCAGCCAGCACAGAAGAUUCUGAGAAACCUGAUGGAAUUUCAUUUGAAAACAGAGUUCCCCAGGUCGCUGCAACUUUGACAGUAGAAGCUAGACUAAAGGAGAAAAACACUACCUUCUCUGCUUCUGGGGAAACUGUAGAAAGGAAGAGAUUUUUCCGAAAGAGUGUUGAAAUGACGGAAGAUGACAAAGUUGCCGAAUCAUCCCCCAAAGAUGAGAGAAUUAAGGCUGCAAUGAAUAUUCCAAGAGUAGAUAAGCUUCCUUCAAACGUGCUGAGAGGUGGACAAGAAGUUAAAUAUGAACAGUGUUCAAAGUCAACCUCAGAAAUCUCAAAAGAUUGUUUCAAGGAGAAAAAUGAAAAGGAAGUGGAAGAAGAAGCAGAAAUGAAGGCUGUAGCUACUUCUCCUAGUGGCAGAUUCCUGAAAUUUGACAUAGAACUAGGAAGAGGAGCAUUUAAAACAGUAUAUAAAGGACUGGACACUGAAACAUGGGUUGAGGUUGCUUGGUGUGAGCUGCAGGACCGAAAGUUAACCAAAGCUGAGCAGCAAAGAUUCAAGGAAGAAGCAGAGAUGUUGAAGGGUCUCCAGCACCCCAAUAUAGUUCGAUUUUAUGAUUCCUGGGAAUCUAUAUUAAAAGGAAAGAAAUGUAUUGUAUUAGUGACUGAACUAAUGACAUCUGGGACCUUAAAGACGUACUUAAAACGAUUUAAAGUCAUGAAACCAAAGGUCUUAAGGAGCUGGUGCAGGCAAAUUUUAAAGGGGUUGCAGUUCUUGCACACUAGGACUCCUCCUAUUAUUCACCGGGAUCUGAAGUGUGACAAUAUUUUCAUCACGGGACCCACUGGAUCUGUGAAGAUUGGUGAUCUAGGAUUAGCCACCUUAAUGCGUACCUCAUUUGCUAAGAGUGUCAUUGGAACUCCUGAGUUUAUGGCUCCAGAGAUGUAUGAAGAACACUAUGAUGAAUCCGUAGAUGUUUAUGCUUUUGGAAUGUGUAUGCUGGAAAUGGCCACAUCGGAAUAUCCUUAUUCUGAGUGUCAGAAUGCAGCUCAAAUAUACCGGAAAGUAACUAGUGGCAUAAAACCAGCCAGCUUCAAUAAAGUCACUGAUCCUGAAGUCAAAGAAAUCAUUGAAGGAUGUAUUCGUCAAAACAAAUCUGAAAGGUUGUCUAUCAGGGACCUAUUAAACCAUGCAUUUUUUGCUGAGGAUACAGGACUGAGGGUGGAGUUAGCAGAAGAAGAUGAUUGCUCAAAUUCAUCCCUUGCUUUAAGACUCUGGGUUGAAGACCCUAAAAAAUUGAAAGGCAAACACAAAGACAAUGAAGCUAUUGAAUUUAGUUUCAACUUAGAAACAGAUACACCUGAGGAAGUAGCAUAUGAAAUGGUCAAGUCUGGGUUCUUCCAUGAAAGUGAUUCCAAAGCUGUUGCUAAAUCCAUUAGAGACCGGGUGACACCAAUAAAGAAGACAAGAGAGAAGAAGCCUGCUGGCUGUUUGGAAGAACGCAGGGAUUCUCAGUGCAAGUCUAUGGGGAAUGUAUUCCCUCAGCCCCAGAAUACAACUUUGCCCCCUGCUCCCGCUCAGCAAACUGGGGCUGAAUGUGAAGAAACUGAAGUUGAUCAACAUGUUAGACAACAGCUUCUACAAAGAAAACCACAGCAGCACUGCUCCUCUGUUACAGGUGACAAUUUGUCUGAGGCAGGAGCUGCAUCAGUUAUACAUUCAGAUACUUCAAGUCAGCCCAGUGUAGCCUAUUCCUCAAAUCAAACGAUGGGCUCUCAAAUGGUUUCUAAUAUCCCGCAGGCUGAAGUAAAUGUUCCAGGGCAAAUUUAUUCAUCUCAACAACUAGUAGGACAUUACCAGCAAGUUUCAGGGUUACAGAAGCAGCCAAAGCUGACUCAGCCGCAGAUUUUGCCUUUGGUUCAAGGUCAGUCCACUGUUUUACCUGUACAUGUCCUUGGACCGACAGUUGUUUCACAACCCCAGGUUUCCCCAUUAACUGUUCAGACGGUCCCACAGAUAAAGCCUGUAUCCCAACCAGUUGGAGUUGAACAACAAGCAGCUCUUCUAAAACCAGAUUUAGUUCGAAGCUUGAAUCAAGAUGUGGCAACUACGAAGGAAAACAUCAGUAGCCCUGAUAACCCAAGUGGAAAUGGCAAACAGGAUCGGAUCAAACAGAGAAGAGCUUCCUGUCCCCGACCAGAGAAGGGGACUAAAUUUCAGCUUACCGUCCUUCAGGUAUCAACCUCUGGAGAUAACAUGGUAGAGUGUCAGCUGGAGACACACAACAACAAGAUGGUCACCUUCAAGUUUGAUGUUGAUGGUGAUGUGCCAGAGGAUAUUGCAGACUAUAUGGUUGAAGAUAACUUUGUGCUGGAAAGUGAGAAAGAAAAAUUUGUAGAAGAAUUGAGAGCUAUUGUAGGUCAAGCCCAGGAGAUCCUUCAUGUCCACUUUGCCACAGAAAGAGCCACUGGAGUUGAUUCUAUUACUGUGGACUCCAACAGUAGCCAGACAGGGUCAUCUGAACAAGUACAGAUAAAUUCUACAUCUACUCAAACCAGCAAUGAAUCUGCUCCUCAGUCAUCCCCAGUUGGUCGGUGGCGAUUCUGUAUCAAUCAGACGAUAAGAAACCGUGAGACUCAGUCUCCUCCUUCUCUUCAGCAUUCCAUGUCUGCGGUUCCUGGCCGACAUCCACUUCCUAGUCCAAAAAACACAAGUAAUAAGGAAAUAUCACGGGACACAUUGCUCACUAUAGAAAAUAAUCCAUGCCACCGUGCACUUUUCACCUCCGAAUCAGAACACAAGGAUGUGGUUGAUGGUAAGAUUUCUGAAUGUGCUAGUGUAGAAACCAAGCAGCCGGCUAUACUUUAUCAAGUGGAAGAUAACAGGCAGAUAAUGGCACCAGUUACUAAUAGUUCCAGUUACUCUACUACUUCCGUUCGUGCAGUUCCAGCUGAAUGUGAGGGACUCACCAAACAAGCAAGCAUAUUCAUACCUGUGUAUCCAUGUCACCAAACUGCCAGUCAGGCUGAUGCACUUAUGUCCCAUCCUGGCGAAUCAACUCAGACUUCUGGUAACUCUCUUACAACUCUGGCAUUUGAUCAAAAGCCUCAAACCUUAUCAGUACAGCAGCCAGCUAUGGAUGCAGAGUUUAUUUCUCAAGAAGGAGAAACUACAGUGAACACUGAAGCAAGUUCUCCUAAGACAGUCGUUCCCACUCAGACCCCUGGCCUUGAACCAACUACCCUUCAACCCACUACUGUCCUGGAAUCAGAUGGAGAAAGACCUCCAAAACUGGAGUUUGCAGACAACCGAAUUAAAACUCUGGAUGAAAAAUUAAGAAACUUGCUCUAUCAGGAGCACAGCAUCUCUAGCAUCUAUCCCGAGAGUCAGAAGGAUACCCAAAGCAUAGACUCUCCAUUUUCUUCCUCUGCUGAAGAUACCCUCUCCUGUCCAGUGACAGAAGUCAUAGCCAUCAGUCACUGUGGAAUUAAAGAUAGCCCUGUACAAUCCCCUAAUUUCCAACAGACAGGCUCUAAGCUUCUGUCCAAUGUGGCUGCAAGUCAGCCUGCUAAUAUAUCAGUGUUCAAAAGGGACCUGAAUGUGAUAACUUCUGUACCCAGCGAAUUGUGUUUACAGGAGAUGUCCUCAGAUGCUUCACUUCCAGGGGAUCCAGAGGCCUAUCCUGCUGCUGUGUCAAGCGGUGGAGCCAUUCAUCUGCAGACAGGAGUGGAAACAGAAGAGAUGAGAUCAGCAAUUGCUCCUGAUCCCAUUCCUCUGACACGGGAGUCCACAGCUGAUACUAGGGCUUUGAAUAGAUGUAAAGCGAUGAGUGGAUCAUUUCAGCGGGGUCGGUUCCAGGUGAUUACAAUUCCUCAGCAGCAGUCAGCAAAAAUGACAUCUUUUGGAAUAGAACACAUAUCAGUGUUCAGUGAGACAAACCAUUCUAGUGAAGAAGCCUUUAUUGAAACAGCAAAGUCUCAGUUGGUAGAAAUAGAACCUGCCACACAAAAUCCAAAAACUUCGUUUUCUUCUGAGAAGUUACAAGCUCUUCAGGAAACCUGUAAAGAAAAUAAAGGAGUUCCCAAACAAGGUGACAACUUCUUAUCUUUCAGCGCAGCUUGUGAGACUGAUGUAUCUUCAGUGACCCCAGAAAAGGAAUUUGAAGAAACUUCAGCCACAGGAAGUAGCAUGCAGUCUGGAUCUGAACUGUUGCUUAAAGAGAGAGAGAUAUUGACUGCUGGGAAACAGCCUAGCUCUGAUAGUGAAUUUUCAGCCAGUCUUGCUGGCAGUGGAAAGUCAGUGGCAAAGACUGGUCCAGAGAGUAAUCAGUGCUUACCACACCACGAAGAACAAGCUUAUGCUCAAACACAGAGUUCACUCUUCUAUUCGCCAUCUUCCCCAAUGAGCAGUGAUGAUGAAUCAGAAAUAGAGGAUGAGGACUUGAAGGUGGAGCUUCAAAGAUUACGAGAAAAACACAUUCAGGAGGUGGUAAAUCUUCAAACCCAGCAGAAUAAGGAGCUGCAGGAGCUCUAUGAACGCCUUCGGUCAAUUAAAGAUAGCAAAACCCAAUCUACUGAGAUUCCUUUGCCACCUGCAUCACCACGUCGACCAAGAUCUUUCAAAAGCAAACUUCGAAGCCGCCCCCAGUCCUUGACACAUGUGGACAAUGGCAUAGUUGCUACAGAUCCACUGUGUGUGGAGAGUAAUGCAGCAUCAUGCCAACAGUCUCCAGCCAGUAAAAAAGGGAUGUUCACAGAUGACUUACACAAGCUGGUGGAUGACUGGACAAAGGAAGCAGUAGGAAAUUCUCUUAUUAAGCCAAGUUUAAACCAACUUAAACAAAGUCAACACAAACUAGAGACAGAAAACUGGAAUAAAGUAUCUGAAAAUACUCCGUCUACUAUGGGCUACACAUCAACAUGGAUUUCUUCUCUGUCCCAAAUCCGUGGAGCUGUCCCAACUUCCUUGCCACAAGGACUCUCACUCCCUUCAUUUCCUGGGCCAUUAUCAUCAUAUGGAAUGCCUCACGUUUGUCAGUAUAAUGCUGUGGCGGGGGCGGGGUAUCCAGUACAGUGGGUAGGAAUUUCAGGAACAACACAACAAUCUGUAGUAAUUCCCGCCCAAUCUGGGGGACCAUUCCAGCCAGGGAUGAAUAUGCAGGCAUUUCCAACUUCAUCAGUGCAGAAUCCUGCCACAAUCCCUCCUGGUCCUAAAUGAAUCAGAGUAGAUGGUGAUAAAAAGGGAGGUUUGUUCAGAAUUAUUUUCAGGACACCUAAGAUAUUAAAGUUUCUUCCUCUUGGGUUCUGUCAUAUUUUCCCUCAUUUGAGUUUACUUUAGACUAUAUAUUUUUUGUUCCAGUGUGGUAUUUGAUACAGCUCAUCAUUCUGUAGAAAUGUGCAGUUUGCACAUAGAACACUGUACACAGAAAUGUUUUUUCACUUCAAAUUCUAUCCUCUUUGAUACUUGAUUUUUUAAAAAUAGUGUUCAGAAUGCUUUAAUAAGCUCAGCUUGAGCAUUACCAUUUCCAGGACACUUUCCAUGAAUUGUUGAGAAGCUCCCCAUCCCCCGCCUUUUUUUUUUUUUUACUGCUGCUAUCUGCAGCUGGAUACUUUUCUUUAAAAAUGUUUAAAAAUUAUUUAGAUUGAUUCUCCCCAAAUGUGGAUGAACUGAGACCCUCCAUCAGCCAGAGUCUUAUGGGAUCUUCACUUCACAUGUUUGUCUUAGGUUUACCUUUCACAGAAGGCAGGGUAACUUGCUGCAGGAAACGUUUUGGUGUAUAAAAUUAGAAUCACUUUUUUUUUUUUUUUUUUGAGAUGGAGUCUCUCUCUGUCACCCAGGUUGGAGUGCAGUGGUGUGAUCUUGGCUCACUGCUGCAACCUCCCCCUCCUGGGUUCAAGCGAUUCUCCUGCCUCAGCCUCCUGAGUAGCUGGGACUACAGGCACCAGCCACCAUGCCUGGCUAAUUUUUGUAUUUUUAGUAGAGGAUGGGGUUUCACUAUGUUGGCCAGACUGGUCUCAAACUCCUAACCUUGUGAUCCGCCCUCCUUAGCCCCCCCAAAAAAUUACAAUAAUUUUGUCAACCAAUACAGAACAUGAGCCCUUUUUAAAUGUGAUUUCCCGUCAUCACAGCAGUAGGAUGAAGCCUUGUUUUGGGUGAGACAGAGGGAAAGGGAAAAAACAGAAUUGUAACAGUUCCUUGAUUCUGCAGAUACUGCUGCUGUUUUAUGAUUUCAGUAAUAAUUCAAAGCAGCUGUCUCCUUGUUUCUCACAUGCAUACUACAUUGGUUUUGAGCAUCUGAGAGGCAUUGGUUUGUCUUGCAUUCUUUUGCAAGGCAUAUAUUGCAGCUGAUAUGAAUCUCGUUUGGGGGGAAUCCUUGUAUUCCUAACAAGGGGGAUUAAAGCUACACCUCAAUCCAUUCUUCUGAAGUGAAAUUUACUUGACACAGUAGGUUUCGAGACUUACAUAUGAAACACUGGCUUUACAGGGUUCUCAGAGAUGUGGGGUAUACACUGUCCUGCAGUGAGAUAGUAGACCCUAGAAGGAUACUAUUUAAGUUGUCCUUAGCUCUUUUUAAUUACCAUUUUUAGUUGUUAGAAUUUCUUUUUAGUAUCUAUAGUAUCUUAGAUGAUUUUAGAUCUUAAAUGAGUUUGGCAGCCUCUUUAGAAUCUGAGAGAGAUCACUGUCAAGUUGCACUUUACUGGGUUUUAUCCAGUUUUAGGAGGAGGGGAGGCAAUGUCAAAAUGUACACCUUUGGUUUUUAAGAAGGUUAACUAUAAUAAUGUUAAAGGCUAGUCACAGGGUUACCUAAUGCUCAGUCUGUGAAACCUAAAUAGAAUUCUUAAAAUGUUAUUUACCAACUAAGUAUUCAUGUUCAAAUUACUUACCUUCCACUCUGAAGACUUUAAGGUCAUUUCUAAUACACAUUUACCUAAUUAGGAGUUCUGUCUACUAGUAAACAUUCCAAAUUGCUACCCAACAUUACUGUUAACAGAUUUUCCUCCGUAUUCUUCUAAAAAUUGUACCCCAUGGGCUUGCCAGGUAAUGAGGAAAACUUAAUGGGUGUACUUUUUUUUUUUUUUUGCACAGUCUACUUUGUGACAUUAAGUACCUCUUUUCCAAAAAAAAAAAAAUGUGUUUUAUGUUGCUUACCUGAGGAUCACAUCCAUUAUCAAGAAGAUUCUGUCGCUAUAAUUUGAGGCAUCUAGGGCAGCAUUUUGAGAAUUGCUGUUGAUAAGAUCCACUGUUUCUUUUCAUAGAACAUGAUCUGUUUUGUAUGAGUCUUUCCAAAUGUUAAGUACAGAUUCUUCAAAUUUCUUGUACAGUAUUGGUUUGCAGUUUAAAGUGAUUUUAGGACAUUAGUGUAAUGCAAAUGCUUGCAUUGCACUGUUUUCCGUAUGUAUAAAAACAAUGCUCCUAAAAUCCCUAAUUCUUUAAAACUGCCUGUGUUUCAUUAUAAAAAGUUGGCUUUGUGUAAUUACACUGAGACAUACAACCUAUGAAGUGAAAAUACUGCAGAUUUUAGGACCCCUUCUUCUCUAGUCACAAUCAUUUUAAACAGUGUACCCCAGGAUGAAAAAAGCUCCAUGGCUGACAUGUACAAUUACAUGUAUUAAUGACUGCUCUGCAUCCUAUGUUCUGCCUUUGGCCACCACCUCUAUUCCACAUAUAAUUCAUCAUUCUUGUUUGCCUGCAGACUCUUGCAGUGCCUUGUAAUAUUUACAAUCUUUUCAGGUUUUUGCUGGAAAGAAAAGUAGUCUUCUAAAGUUUGAAGAUGGUGAAUAGUGUACUGCUGUCUCCAUGCUGACUGCAGUAACCGGGUUAUCAUAUAUGUUAUGUAUACAUUAUGUAUAUAUAACGUGUGUACAUUUAAAAAUACAGAAAAAAGUGAGCUUGUGCAGAAAUGGAGAAAACAAUGUUAUUCUUAUCACUGUGGGGUUUUAUUAAAAUUAUUUUUUCCCAUGACUUACAUGUUUGGUUCAGAUUAUAGUCACUUUGACUGUAAAUACUGGCUAGUUUUCUAUCCAGGGCUUUUGCAUUAUUUCAUAAUUUUGCUCAAUCAUAUAAUAGUGCUAUUUUCAUCCUUGUCUGAGGUACUUUUCCUCCCCAGAAAAUAAUUAACUUGAGGUAAAGCUCAGAAAUUCCCUUCUUAACAAAGAGCCUACUAUAUAAAAAGGGCCUUCCUUUCCAAAAAACACACAAACCUGUCCUUUUCAUUUUCCUUCUUGUAGAGGAGAAAAUGGUUGUACUUAACCAUCCUGCUUGUAAAGUUUAUUCAGAGGAUAGUCUGUAUGUCCAGCCACCAUGUUUACUUCUCAAAGUGCAAGUCUGAUGAAUAGUACUGUAUCUCCAUAUGUGGUAAUGUGAGCAUUUCAUCAUGAAGUACCUGCUGCUAUGUCUGUGAAGUUGGGUGUAACAUCAUAAGAAUAUGAAACCAGUAUUGGUGUAAAUCUAAUGAAAAUAACCCUAUGUAUAUUUGUAGCAGUCUUGAAUCUCUAUUUAAGGUAAUUUGCUGUAAUAUAACAAAUAUUCAUUCUGUUUUUCAUCCCUUCCUUGCCAGUUUUAUAUCAAGCAUGAAUUCUAAUGGUUUGACAGCAAAAUUAUCUGUGAAAGUUUAAAAGGCACUUUUCUGCUGUGAUUUUUGGAUUGAGUGUGGAGUGUUAUGUACAGUUUGAUGGGAUAUAUCAUUUUAGAACCCCAGAUUUAAUUCUAGUCCAAUUAAUUUUGUUUAACUACCUCGUUUUCAGUGCUGUUUUGGGUGCACAAGUAAACACUGCCUGUGAAACUUGCUUUUUUGCCUUGAUUCUCAGUAUUCUUUCAGAUUAUAAAUCUGGUCUGCCUCUUCUUCCCAGUGCUAGCCAACAGUUUGAGAUGAGAGGAACCAUCACUCUCAUCUGUGUUUAAGUGGAGAGCCAUGUGCUUCUGUGAAAUAUGCUUUGGGGAUUUGGGGGUGGAGAGCAGAAGAAUAAUUGAAAUUGGUGGCAAUAUAGGAUUUAGGUGUAGGAGUUAGUUAUAAAAUAAACAAAUGGUAAGAAAGUACCUGAAUUAGACAAUCCAGUGCCUAUAACUUUGCAUUUUUUAUUAGAGAUGCAUUUCUCGUCUGUGUGCCUAAAGGGCAAUGGGUUGAAAUUGCUUUAACUACCACAGCGAAAUAUUUGACAAAUCCUUCAGCAAUGGCCUAUCAUUCAACAUAUAUUAGCACAGUGCUAGGUAUUUGCAGUGAUAUUUUGUUACCUUAAAACGGCCAAAUGCAUUUAGUUGAAAUGUAGUUGAUAGUAAGGGUUUUAUAUAACUUUAUCCAAUCUCUAAAGUUUAUGGAAGCAUUGACUUUCUUCUUUGCUGUCUUUUCUGAGUGAUGAAAAUGAUGCAUUCCUUUUUUUUCCUUGAAAACUCAGCAAAUGUUUGUAACCAGAUGUUCCUUGUUUCACAUGUUUACUGUGUAACACUACAGCAUAUUUAAUAUUGGUAAAUAUUGUAUUUCAGUCAUUAUGCGUAAGUACAUUCCUGAGGUAUAUUUGCCAUCAUUUUGGGAUUCAGUUAUUUUAUCUUCUGUUUGGGUCAGAAAAACUUGAACUAUUUGAGGUGGUAUGCAGGCCAUUUUCUAGAAGAUUGUUUUUUGAAUCUGUAGUUUAUCAAGGACUUGUUCCCCCCCUCCCUUUGUUUAGAAGAGGAAUCAGAAAAGGGGGGUGGUGUGUAGAAAAGGCCUUUGAUUUGAUAGGUGUAAUUUUUAAGAUUGAAAUUUAAAAAAUGCAGAUCGUAAGAUAGUAACACUCAAACUUGAUAAAAUCCUUUGAAUUGAAAUUAGUAUGAAAUUUUUAUGGAACCAAAUGCCUUCAGGUCACCCUGGAAAUAGUCUUUGUAUGUGAAAGAUCAACACAAACAUUGGUCAGGAACCCUGACAGCCAAUAUAUGAAGGAGCCUGGGAUAGUAACUAGGUUACACUAAAGUUAUUUUCAACUAAGAUAGCUAGACGAGUGUACAAACCAAUAGCUCCUAUUCUGGAAGGUUUUCUUUUUAUUAAAAAAAAUUCAAACAAGGUUAAAAGUCAAGCAAGAAGGGAAGAGAGAAACUGGGUUCUGAGAAAAAAAUGUGCCAGUAUAAAAUAAACUCCUAAAUGCGUGCUUGUCAUCCUCUAGUUUUUUUUUAAGUUGAAUUUCUUUUCCACUGUAACUUAAGAUUUGAGAUUGAGGUUUGCGGUCCAGAACAUACCCUCAGCAGAUACAGUGACUAACUGGAAAGUGCAGUUGUUCAAGGUCUGUCAUGCUCAAUCACCUAAAGCUAUAAUUUGUUUGAUAUAUUAAGCAUGUAGACCUAGUGCAGCAUGGGAGCCACUCAGGAAGUUUAUGCAAUUAAUAAACUUUCAGCAUAAUUUACUAUGAAGUAUGCAGAAUUUCACCCUCUUCUCCACACUUAACAUUUAGUUGUAUAUGUGAACUCUCCUUUCUUAAUUGGGGAAUGUAGCAUUAUAUAGAAUGUUGUUAAAGUUAAUUUUAAUCCUUUUUGACAUUAACCUUUUUUUUUGGUAAACCAAGUGAUCUGCCUUUCAGCAACUGUCUUAUUUUGGUUCUUUGAAACUGUGAUUUUUAUUUCAUUUGUACCCAACCAUUGUAAGUAUUUUGUUUUGUUUCCUGGAAAUUCUGUUUUGAAACAGAAAAUAAAGGCUGUGUUAAAUGAGUAUGUUAUCUUAUUAAAAUGCUGCCAUAGUCACUGCAA